AUGGCUCAUCUGGAUGAAAGACACAAGGACGAAAUCGCUGAUAGGACGUUCCAGCGCGUAAUGGCCAAGUCAACAAUCCGGACAUUCGGAAUAACCAACUGCCCGUUGUGCAACGAUUCCGGCCCUACUGACUCCCCUGAAAUCAUCGAGCACGUGCUCGGACAUGUUUACGACUUUUCCAUGCAUGCUUUGCCCUGGCGAACGCUGCCGGUAAACGACUUUGACAAGCCGAUUCGGACUUUCAACGACGUCGCUCCAACAUGCAACUCAAAUGAGAAGAAAGAAGUGGUUGAGAUGCGACAGCACAGUCAUGCCAGAAUGCUUCAUUGGGUCUGUGAACCUCAUCCAGAAGAAGGGUGGCCCACUCUUGAAAAAAGCGCAAGGAUCCGUGACCUUGACUGGGAUGACUAUCGAGCCGUAGUGGACAAGUUCGAAGCCUCCUCUGUGUCCGCCGACUAUUACGAUCGCCCAGGCGUCGAUUAUUUCAAUGACGAAAACAGCAGUCAUGGGGCGGCAUGCCGAACAGAUCAAUCGAUUAGAACUUCACGCUCGUCCAUGAAGUCUGGUGCCCUAAGUACGUAUUCAGCCCAGGACCAGGAUGAACCCUCACUACCUGUUCAAGAUACAGAUGGGUUGCAACCAUUAUCCGUUGACUUCAUCGAGAACCGCCGCGCUGGUGGCGAGCCGGAGGUCAACUUCGAUCCCAGCGCUCAAAGGUCCGUAACUCUCCCGGUGGAUUCUGAUAUAGCGAUGCUCGAUCACGGAGACGAAGAAUUACAGGAGAGCAAACUGCAAGCAAAAGCUACCGAGGAGAGCUUCGCAGCAGCUCUUGUAGCUUUGAAGAGGAAGAAGAAGAACACCAAUGACCCGAAGAUAGAGGACUUUGACCUCGACGCUUGUCACGACUGGACAGAGAUCACUAAUGCUAUACACGGGGUAGUUGAAAACUACCAUAACGAUGACACGACAUGGGGGCGUAUACAAACCGGGUUUCGACGCGUCGGAGACAAUGCGAAGUCUCUGCAGUCUUUUGUUGGGCUCUUGCCUGAUGGGGCAUUCGAAACUCUCUGUGGAGGGCUUGUAUUGAUCUUGACGGUUAGUGAUCUCCACAUCAUUGUACAGGAUGUCAGGAGCUAA